ACAAGAGCUCCGAUCUGGAGGUAAAAUGGUGCGGCCCAGGAGGACUACGCUCACCGCCAGGACACCGUAUGACCGACCAAGUUUGGUCAAUUCGGGUGAGCAAAACCCUAAUUGGAUCUCCAAACUUAUUUACUCUCCUUCUCGGAUGAUUGCCAGUAGUGCCGGAAAGAUCCUGUCCUCUGUCUUUGGUUCCGAGCCUUCGGAGUCUUCUUCUUCUUCCUCUUCUUCGUUUUCGGGUUCCGAUGCAAUUUCAGGUGCUGCCUAUCAUACUCCCAAUUCAUAUUAAUGCAAUUGAAUUAAUAGGAUUACACCAUAAAUUCCUCUUCUUCGGAGUCUUCUUCUUCUUCCUCUUCUUCGUUUACUGUUUACACCAUAAAUUACAAAUAUAUUU